CUCCGCGUCUCCUCGCCCCCGGGGUGAGCCCGGGUCCCGGGGGGAUGGAGGGGGGUCGGGUCUCCUGGGGGGCGGUCCCUGGCGCGGUCGGGACCCGGGCGGGCGCAUUUCGACCUAUUCCGGCCGCGCGGCGCGUCGGGGCGAGGGUCCCCGGGCCGUCGGUGUCGUGCGGAAGACGGGGUACCUCGGCCCCGAGGGGGCGGGCGGGCAGGCGGGGGUCUCCGGCUGCCGAGAGCAACCCCGAGGAGUUCACGGGAUUUUUCCUUCUUCUCUCCUCCUUCUCCUCCUCUCUCCUCCUCCUCCGCCCUCCUCCUCCUCCUCCGCCCGCUGCUCCUCCCGCUCCCCUUCCCGCGGCGGGCCGGCGGCCGCAGCAGACGCCGCGCUGCCGUGAGGAUGCCGCAGCUGCCGGGGGCCGGGGGCGGCGGGGGGGACCCGGAGCUCUGCGCCACCGACGAGAUGAUCCCCUUCAAGGACGAGGGGGACCCCCAGAAAGAGAAGAUCUUCGCUGAGAUCAGCCACCCCGAGGAGGAGGGCGACCUGGCCGACAUCAAGUCCUCCCUCGUCAACGAGUCCGAGAUCGCCCCCGGCGCCACGGGGCACGAGGUUUCCAGGCAGAAUCAAGCACAGGAUUCCUACCAUGAUAAAGGCAGAGAACACCCCGAGGAAGGAAAGCAUCCAGACAGUGGCUUAUACAGCAAGGGACCAUCAUACUCUGGUUAUUCUGGGUAUAUCAUGAUGCCAAAUAUGAAUAACGACCCAUACAUGCCUAAUGGAUCUCUGUCGCCACCCAUCCCCAGAACAUCCAACAAGGUGCCCGUGGUACAGCCUUCUCAUGCGGUUCACCCCCUCACCCCUCUUAUCACCUACAGCGAUGAGCACUUUUCCCCGGGGUCACACCCGUCUCACGUCCCCUCUGAGGUCAGCUCCAAACAAGGCAUGUCCAGGCAUCCUCCAGCUCCUGAUCUCCCUACCUUCUAUCCCUUGUCUCCAGGGGGGGUUGGACAAAUAACACCACCUCUUGGCUGGCAAGGUCAGCCUGUAUAUCCCAUCUCGAGUGGAUUCAGGCAGCCCUACCCAUCCUCACUCUCAGUCGACCCUUCCAUGUCCAGGUUUUCACAUCACAUGAUUCCUGGUCCUCCAGGCCCUCACACAACUGGAAUCCCUCACCCAGCUAUUGUAACACCUCAAGUAAAACAAGAACAUCUGCACAACGACAGUGAACUAAUGCAUGUGAAGCCUCAGCAUGAACAGAGAAAAGAACAAGAGCCAAAAAGACCUCAUAUUAAGAAACCUCUGAAUGCUUUCAUGUUGUACAUGAAAGAAAUGAGAGCAAAUGUUGUAGCAGAGUGUACUCUGAAAGAAAGUGCAGCUAUCAACCAGAUCCUUGGCAGAAGGUGGCAUGCUCUCUCCCGUGAAGAACAAGCAAAAUAUUAUGAACUAGCUCGUAAAGAAAGGCAGCUACACAUGCAGCUUUAUCCAGGCUGGUCUGCAAGAGACAACUAUGGGAAGAAAAAGAAGAGGAAGAGAGAAAAGUUGCAGGAAUCAGCAUCAGGUGGGAAAAGAAAUGCUUUCUCAACUUGCAAAGCAAAGGCGGCGACACCAGGACCCCUUCUGGAGAUGGAAGCUUGUUAAACCCUAGGUGUGCCCUUCAUCCGCACAGACCACCCCCAAGGAGUCUGUCCAGGAUGUCAUUCACCCUGAUGUCACUGCUAGAGACACUGAAUCAUAAAGACAAUCACUGCCAAAAUCCUUCACUAUCACGAGGUCCAGCCCUGAUAUAAAUAGAGCAAACGAGCUCCUGGGUCAGCAGAGCAGCUUUUGUCUUCACCUCUGCCUUGCACUCUUAAGCCCCCAUCUCAUCUGUGUCCAUAUUGAGUCAGCAAACACAGUAGCAUGGCUGUCUCUGCCUGCUUCAGCCAGCAGAAUAACCUAGACCACAGCUGCCCCAUACAGCACAUCAAGGAAUGGAAUUUGCCUGGACCAGGAUGACACGCUCAACCUUCUUUUUAUUUAAUGGUGCGACAGGAUCAAUUUUGGUUUUAGCUUUUUUUAAGAAACUUGAAUGCUUUUAUAUUUUAACUUUUAGUUUGUAAUUUCUUUGGUGUAUAUUUUACUAGGUAUGAGCUUUUAAACAAGUGUCAGAAAUCUGAAAUACUUUUUAAAUAAAAGGAGUUUUUCUUUUUUUUCUGCCAGAGGAAAAAUCUGUAUGGAAAAAAGGUGGCUGUUUUGUUAAACUAUUUGUAACAAAUAGUGGCCUCUCAGUCUAUAUAAUACAGUGUCCUAUAGAACUAAAUAAAUGUAACAACAGUCAGCUGGUCAGUAGACACGUUAGUCUUGCAUCAUCUACUCUGUAAACAUAAGCAAUACAUCCAGCAAAUCUGACUGCAGUGAGUUCUCCUUCUCACCCAUUCCCCCUCUCCUUGUAAAAAGCCCAGCACUUGAAUUAUUACUUCAAUUGUUCUGUAUUUGUAUCUGUUUUUGUUAGCCUGUUAGUGGGAUUUUAUGCCAGUUGUUGAAAUGAGCAUUGAUGUACCCAUUUUUUAAAAUAGUAAGGCACAGCCUUUGCCAAAAAUACUGUCAACCAAUUUUUUUUUGUCAUUCCAGUUUGAGUUAAUGUGCUGAGCAUUUGUUUUUUAAUAAAAGCUUUGUAAUAAAAUGAAAGUUAA